CCGCCACCAACUGAACGCCAACAAAGCCCUCCACAAAUCCCCCACAAGCACCUCAACAAGCCCUCCACAAAUCCACCCACAGCACCUCCAACAAAUCCCCCAACAGAACCACCAACUCCAUCCCCAACUGAGUCUCCGACAGAGCCUCCCACUCCAUCGCCAACUGACCCUCCAACAGAGAUGCCUACGGAUCCUCCCACAGAUCCUCCAACACCAGGGCCUCCCACUUCCUCUCCAACGGAUCCGCCCACCAAUGCCCCCACCCCAUCCCCUACGGAGCCCCCCACAGAACCACCCACUCCCUCCCCAACAGAGUCUCCAACAGAGCCUCCCACUCCAUUGCCAACUGACCCUCCAACAGAGCCUCCCACUCCAUCCCCUACAGAUCCACCCACACUGGAUCCAACUGAGGCACCAACCGACCCACCUACUCCUUUGCCUACAGAGUCUCCAACAGAACCACCUACUCCAUCUCCAACUGAGCCUCCAACAGAGUCCCCAACUCCAUCACCAACGAUUCCUUGUGGUGUCAACAAAGCUACGUGCAAUGCUGAUAGUGAGUGCUGUUCCGGAAAGUGUAAUCAAGGCACAUGUCGUGGAAAUCGAAGACGAUUGGGGGAACCAUUCUUUUAG